CGGGAACUUCGUAUGUUAUGCACUCGAAAUUUCUUUCAUCAACGUUUCGUUGAUUUCAGCGUCAAUUUCUCGUUCAUCUGUUACUUUUAUUCAACUUUAAAAAGGAAUUCCUUAAGAUGAUUGGAUGGCAGAAUACGAGGAAUGCUUUAGGAAAGCUCGAAGAAUUGUUGACCUGUAAAAUUUGGUGGGUAUUCCCUGCAUGAUGAUUUGUUUAUUUUCUCCGGUAACAGCUGAAUAUCUGUUUUAACGGAAAUGAUGAUCGGUUUUCAACUGAUUUUUCUCUUUUGGUACUUUUAUUUGACGUUUAGUGCUAAUCUGGUGUCUGAUCCUUGUUCGCUUGAAGCUUGCGAUCACAUCUUCUGUCGGUAAGUUUGUUGUGCAAGUUAAGCUUACAAAUGCUUCCGUGACAUAAGCUUAAAAUUCUGUUGUGAACUAAACAAUAAAAUUCUGAUUUUAAUACGCUGCUUAUUUACUUGUUCAAGCUUGAAAGCCUUUAAUGACCCGUAAACUGAUUUGUGUGGGCAUACCGUACACUAUUUUAAUCUUCUCCACGGAUUUGACAUUUUACCUUCACCCCUCCCAACCACCCCAGGACAUUUUCACUCUAUUUUCCCAAUAGAGUCUAUGGGUGCGUUCCUUUGGGAUAAUCCGGAUCAGGAUCGUGAUCUGAGAUCACUUACAUCUUGGUGCAUCAAAUGAACUAAUGAAUCCUUUCCCAGGGUAGAUCCAUUGGUUCCUUUGAUGUGCUACAUGUACGAUCCAAGAACUGAUCCUAAUCCGGAUCAUCCUAAUGAAGCGCAUCCUAUAUGUUUUGUUUUUUAUUUUUAUUUUGUUUUGCAGUAACUGCAUUAAGAAGCUGGUUGGUGCUGAUUCUAAAUGCCCAGAAUGUGGAGCUUUUGCCUGGGUAAAGGAUAUGAAAACAAAUCGUCAACUUGCAAAUACUGUCAACAUGUGUGCGAAGAUCAGAAUGUUAGUUGGAUCUGAUGAUGAUAGUGACAACAAUAGGAACAAGGCACAUGCAAGUAAUGAUAAAAAAGCCUUGGUUUCAAAUAAUUAUUAAUUACAACUUUAGUUAUGUAAUUUGUUUCGCCCUGAUUUUUAUUCGGAACAAUCACUGUAGUGUACUGUAGGUGAUGGUCAUGGUGGAGGGGGGAGGUAGGUGGGUAGGGAGGGAGAGGUGCUGUCAUUUGUGUAUUUGUGCCAGUGUGAGAGGUAUUGUGUCAAGCAGUUUCGUCUGGGAUCGGGUACAGAAAUCAGUGGAAUUUGGAAGAACAGAGUGUCAUUUAUUGAACAUUAAUAAUUUUGGUUCCUAGUCAAGGAUACAUGUACUUACAGCUGUAUUGAGUUGAAAAAAUGUAGCUGAAAGUAAUACCAUAAUGAUUGGUAUAAGCUAAGACUUACAGAGUUCCAGCAUCACACCCCUACCCAAAGAGAGAACCCCCCAAGGCUGCAGACAUGUGUCACAAUUCACAGUUAGUGAUUAAAUAUUUCAGACCUGAAAAUGAGUUUUAUAUUCAACAUGUACUCUGGUCCUUCCAGCUCACAAUUUUUUUAGUUACUUAAAAGACUUCAAAUCAUCUCUCUUCACUUACAUGUAACAAUAAAUUCAUGAUCUUUCUUCUUAAAACAACAGCGUGGGAAGAAACACAAGCAACAGAUGAUCAAGGGAGUGACUCCUAUCAGUUCUCAUCACCAGAAGCGACUGCAGCAAAGUCAAUUAACUGUGACGUUGCUCUCCAGGAAAACUCCAUUUGCAAUGGAACGGUUUUUAAGAAACCUGCAAUGAAGACUUAUGGUAAAACAAAGAAAGGAACACUGGAAAAGUACAUGCAAAACAACUCCGAGGAACAUGUUGACACCAAUGCUGUUGGAAACAAUCUGGAACAAAGUGAUCAGAAGGUUUUGACAUGUAAGGGUGGGAAACCUUCGAAAAGCAAGAAAGGAAAAUCUGUUUUACCAAAGGGAAAUGAAACAGUCGUGAGUGAUACAAAGGUACCUGAGAGAGUGGAAAUCAAAGAGAAGUGCUUUGGGAGAAAACUGAAAAAUAAAAGAGUGAAAGUGACAGCCUCAUGUGUUGCAGUAUCAUCUUGUAAUAAUGAAGAGAUUGAAAAUGCAAAGGAAACUGAGAAGCAGUUGAUAGAGAGUGGAGACAACUUACAGUUUGGAGUAAAUAAUGAAGAUGAUAAUAUUGAGAUGGAAGAAUAUGCUGAUACAGAAUGCUUCACACAGGUUAAAUCAAGAGAUGAAUGCAAGGAGAGGUCAGCACUAGAAGCCAACACAGGACCUUUAGAUGAAGGUGAAUUACUGUAGCUUUGGCAUUGCAAUAAGCAUAUUAGCAUACAGUUCUCUUCAAUCAGCACUUGGGAAAUCACUGCAGAAUUGUUUGUUUACCUUGAAAUCUUCUCAAUAUAUCUACAAAUGUUUUUAUAGUAGACAGCUGCAUCUUAUUUAAGCAGGUGUCUGCCUUACACCUUAAAACAUUUCUCUCUCUUCCAUUUUUUUUCAGUUGAAGGGACUCCAGAAGAUGUCAGGAGCAUUCUCAGAACAAGAGCUCAGAGAAGAAAGUUACAAGGACAGCAAGUGGGGACGCCACCCAAGGCAAAACCUCAGAAGGAACAAGUAACACUCAGUGAUAUAGGAGAUAAACAGACAAGCAGUAGAGAAAAGACAACCAAGCAUAGCACAGAAACACCUGUCAAACAAGGUAAGAGCAAUACACCUAACUUCAAAGUCAUCUCUUAUUACAGUGAAUAGUCAGUGCACAUGGAAUGAGGCACUAUUAUAAGUGGGUCUAUUUUGUGCCAAUUGCACCCUUGGAAACACAAAGGAAAUUUGUAGCGAAAAAUUGGUCAGAUCAUUUGAGGGUAUUUUUUCCAGGCACCCUUUCUUAAUGCUUUGUUAGACAGUAACAUUUCAAGAAACCUGGAAAGUUAGGAAACUUGACUUUUACAAUAUUGAACAAUGCGGGCUAUUGAAAAGGAGACAUUAAUGACUUAAACAUAAUUAACUUUAUAGAUUUGUAAAAAGUUCCCUUACCUUUUUUCCAGACCUGCCAUUUUUCCUGAUGUUUUCCUCAGUUACAGUGUGUACAGUCAUGGUGGAAAUGUUAAAGAAUAAAUUCCUGUUCCAUUAUUUUAUUGAUCUGAUACAGGGAGAAACAAGAGGAAGCUUCUAGAACAGAAUUUCUGCAGCCAACAGAGUUCUAUCUCCUGUUCUCCAGGCACAAAGAGAAAUAAACGAGGAGAAACACCAUUGCAAGUGGCAACAAUAAAGGUACUUUCAACAACACUUAUGUACUGCAUCUUUUAGUAGAGGCUGGAUGCCUGAGGCAUGUUUCAAACGUCGUGCUACUGCCGUGCUAAGCUAGCUCGACUGCAGCAUGACACUAGCACGACUUGGUUUCAGACGUUGAAUUUAAUUCACACAAUGACAGUUAAAUGGAACGGCUGUUACCACUGAAAACAAAACACAAGAAUGAAGAAAUGGUUUAGCAAACUUUUAAAUAUAUUCUAAUGUAUUUAUAAUGUAUGAAUUAAGUUCAGCACGGCAGCAGCACGACAUUUGAAACCAAGUCGAGCUACUGCCGUGUAGCACGGCAAGGCUUGCCGUGCUACUGCCAUGCUAAAGUUGAAUCUAGUUCGAUCAAUUGAGUUGGGUAUGGCAGUAACACGAUGUUUGAACCGGGCCUGAGAUGUCCAGGGACUUACAUUUCUGACACAAACAAAUACAGUCAAACCUGCACUAAUGGCCAGCUUUUUCUGUCCCGGUGGUGGACAGUCCAUACAUUGACCCUUGUUUAAACCUUUCUACAACGGCCACCCCUCCACAACAGCAACGACCACUACAGGACGUCCCCACCUGCCAAAAUAACCUCUCGACAAUGGCCAGGUUUUUCAACGAGAGACAAAAAAGUCAGGAAAGGUCAAGAAAUUUGAUCCAGAUGGCACCUCCAUGAUUAAUUAAUUGUGGCAAUCAUAUUUUGUUAAUGUUACCAUACAAUACUUUAAAAGGUAACGGAUGUUGUAAGCCUUGCUGGCUUUGUCAUUUUGACCUUUUGCUUAAAAACAUUAUUUAAGUUUCUUGUUGUGUAUUUUAUCUCUACAGUCAUUAAUGAUUGAAUUACCAUUAUGAGGUACAGUAAGCAUGAAUUGGCAUGAUAAACAGGUUGUACUCCCCUAAAAAAAAUUGUCAUAACACACCCCUACCUUCCCAUAAUGGCCACCUCUCUACAAUGGCCACUUUCUUCUGUCCCUAGGGUGGCCGUUGUGGACAGGUAAAAAAUAAAGCUAAGUUUUUGAUAAUAUUAAUUCUAACCUUGCAAGUAAGAAUCAUGCAAUGACAGGCUUUGACAACAUCUAAAUGCACUUGCACUGAAUUUGACACCACUUAUCAAACUCCUAGGUUUAUUUCUGACCGGUAACCAAAGAAUCCUUUUUGCUUUCUCAGGGGUGUCUGGAAACUGUGAAAAAAUUACUUGGAGAAGGGGCAGAUCCUAACACCAAAGACCACGCUGGCUGGACUCCUUUGGUAAGUGAGUCAUCAACAGUUGAAAGUCGAGAGUUUUUUUAAUUGUAAAAAGUGUGUAAGUUUUUUUUUCAAUGCUAUAUUAUAGUUAAUUUUUUAUCUCAGCUACUUCUUGUUUUUCUUUUGUUUUCAGGUAUGGUAAUGACGCUAAUGAAGUAAAAACAAAAUGAAAAUAAAAAUUACCUGAGAUAAAAAAUUACUGUAAAAUUCCAAAAAUAAGCCCCUCCAAAUAAUUUAUAAGCUCCCCAAAAUCGUAACGCAAAAAACCCCACAUUAAAUCGCCCCUCUAAAUAUAAGCCCCCUGUGGGGCUUGUACUUGGAAUUUGCAAAAAUGGUUAAUUUUCUUCCCACUACAAGCUAGCCCAAAUGAUUUUGAAAUGCAAAUUUCCCUCCACACAUAAGCCCCUCCAAAAAUAAGCCCCUCAAAAAGGGCCUUUCAAAAAUAUAAGCCCCAAUAAGUGUUUAAUGGGUGAAAUUUUUUUCGUGGUCAAAUCUCAUUCAAUCUUGCUUGUAGCCAACACAAGUCAUUCAAUAACAGAAUGAGAAGUUUCUGAACUCUCUUAUCUCCGCAUUCCACUGUGGUAACCGUAACUUGGCAGUGCAUCAUGAAAAAAGCUUGGUUCCUGCGUUUAUGAAGGGCCCUGUUAAUCACCUAUUUGGUAACCUACAUGUAAAUUGUAAUGAUUCUGGAAAAAUCAAUUAUCCUUUUGGAAGAAAGUCUGGAAAAAGUCUUGAAUUUUAGAUUCAAACCUGUUAAAUUCAAGUUACCGGUGAAUCAAUCAAUUUAUUAAGUUACAUAUUUACAAGUGUUUCAUAAAAUUUUAGCAUGAAGCAUGUAACCAUGGUUACCUAGCCAUAGCUGAACUGCUAUUGGACCAUGGUGCCAUGAUUGACAUUCCUGGAGGUUUUGAUCAUGACACCCCCUUGCAUGAUGCUGUCACCAGUGGCAGGCUGGAGAUAGCAAGACUUUUACUCUCCAGAGGAGCUCCUCUUGAUAUUAGGUGAGAAAACUAGGAUUUUUAAAGCUUACACCCUACUGGUCUAUGUGCAGACAUCUCCUACAUGUAUUUUCUUUGCUGCUGUCAGAAAAGAGAUGUCUGCAAAGUGCCGUUACUAAUCGUGUUCCAGCCUCAUUUUCAGGGCAUUCAACUUUGAAUAAAACUAUUGUCUAAGCCUUGGUUUAUUAUGGAGACAACUUAGGCCUUUUGCAGAGCAUAUAAUAGAUUAGAACAUUCCUCGACUACUUCUUUUGAGGGAGAGAUGUGGCAAAAGAAAAAUAUGAUGUAGGAGACAUCUGCAAUAGGCUAAUGCUCUGUUGUACAAUAACUUUCUUAUAAUAUUAGUAACCUCUUCCAGUGGAUAUGUACGACCCUCAAUUCCUUCAUCACAGACAGUUCUUUUCGUCCCAAAAAUGGUAGACUUCAUGAAACAGGCACUUGAGUAAUUUGCUUUAAUAGAGGUUCGACUCGAAAACAUACUUGUGUUCUAUCUUCAGGCUCCCCUUUCUUAACUCCUCGCACUCUUAGGAUGAAGCGUAUUUCAAAAGUUUUUAAGAGUAAAGCUACGUAAAUAUCUAGAGUAAAAUUAGAAGGGUUUAAUACUUCCAUGUUUGGUAUCAAUACAUGUUACUAUAUCCUGUAUAUUUUUGUGUCUUCUACAUGUACUGUAAUACGUUAUAAAGAAACAAAAGAGGCCUCCUUCCAAAAGACUACGCAGCAACUGAGGAGAUGAAGUCCGUAUUGUCCACGACAACACCUUUGAAGGAUAGUGGAUCCUCAAAUCAGAUGACCUCAGUAUCUUUGGGUACAAAGGCUAGUAUUACAAUGAUUUUUAUCAUUUAGACUGUGUAUGCUAAAAGCUUCAGAAAAAUACCAUGGAUAUUUUACUUCUGCAUAUUCUGAUAUCCAACCCCCAAAAGUUCAUUGCCAAACGUUUCUUUCUGUUAAACCAAUUAGCCAUGCGCGCGACUGGGAAUGGGUCUCGCGACUUCGCCGGUCGUCGCUCUUGUGUUCACGCGUGCCGUUUUGUCCCUUUUUCGAGUUAAAAGACGUCAUCCCGCGUUACGCGCGCUCAUGUGAGACGAUUUUCCGCGCACUAUUGCUCAAAAGAAAUAGGGAAAAAGGUGUGCUUUGACAGGCUAGCCAUGAAAUUGUGCUUUAAAGUCUGCUGCCCAAUUUUUAUGACCUUUAUUAUGCUACAAUCGGGCAUUAAUGGGUGUGGCUUUGAGCUCAACAGUAGAGCGGAUGGGGAGGUCUACCGUUUGAUUCCUUUUAACAGUAGUAGGUGACUAUGCUGGGACAUUUAUUAAGGAUAUUUCUUCUUUUAACAUAUACCUGUAGUGUUCACAAGAUUCUCCAAAAGUUCUCCUGGCAACUGGUCUUAGUUCGGGGCAAAAGGUAACGCAACUUUAAAGACAGCUCAUGAUAAAACGUUUUGAAUAUGGUAGUUGUCAUGACUACCUGUUUUUGAGACAAGCUACAGCUAACGGAAGUCCAUGGUGAAAACAAAAAUGGGGUGUUUCAUUUUUUAGUGGAAACAAUUGUGAGAAGGUAUCGUGUUAAUAUAAUAAGAAAUUUACCAGAAAUAUCUCUACAAUGCCAACCUGAGAUUCGCCUACUGCAACGACGUUUAAAGGCCCCUCAAAUGCGGUCUUGAUCACACCGCUUGUAUACAAGGGUAUAUUCCCAGACUUUUAAAUUCCUUAAUAUAUGAAUUCCAACUAUUAUAGAUACGGUUGGGUUUGCUUCUUUGACCAAUGACAGAGAUAUUAUUAUCCUGUUUUGUUCUUGUGGUCAUACCUUAGACUACUGUGUGGCACGAAAUUUUUGCGUGUUCUAAUUUUUUUGAUUUUUGCGGUCUUUCCAGCGAUCCGCAAAAAUAUGUUCCCGCAAAUAAGAAUUACCGCAAACAGUUUUCCCGCAAAAAUUUACUCCAGAUUAAAUAUUCUCCAACUUGAAUUCGCUACACAAAGAUACAGUACAAAGAAAUCGUCUCUGUUCAAUCACAACUUGUCAAACACAACGAAAUACUUGUUUAUUAUUUGAAAAUAUGUAUUUCUAUUGCACCUACUUAAUAAAAACGAAAAUAUUAUAAACGCUGGGUACUGGGUACUUUCUGAAAAUCGCAAAAAUUAGUUCCCGCAAAACACCAAAAAAUCACCAAAACGCAAAAAUUUCGUGCCACAUGGUAUAUUACGCAGCAUGUUACAGUAAUGGUUCAAGUAUUCUGUUUCAGACGAAGCUCCAAAAGUGCUCACAGAUUCUCAAUGCAAAGAUCGUUAAUGAGUUCUCUCUUUCUGGUAAGUGAGCUGAACGUUUCGUAAGUUUGUGUUACUGGUUAUUGUUCAGUUUUCACGUGAAACAGAUAAAGCGGAUAGAGUAAUCAAAGUGACGACAAAGCCCGCCGCAUGUUUGAAAACUAACUCCUUUCUUCCAUACACCAAAAUGCAGUUGCAAUGUGUUCGUUGGGACUCGACAGAACUAUUACAAAGGGCUAAUUUGUAUUCAACAUUGAAAGAACGCUCUCUGUAAAAUUUGCCAGAAAAAAGUAAGCUUUCGGCAGUUUCUUUCCCGGUCGGUAAAGGAAAAGCUUUAGAAUGGUCGUGACAAUUUACGGACUGUGAAAGAUUUUUAACCAGAGAACUCAGCUUAAGAAAACUAUUUUUGUAACAUACUUUGGUAAAUUGUUCAUAGUGACGCACAUUGUAACAGCAACAAACAGCAAAAGAGUUUGUCCAAGGACCAUCAAGUAUCUGAAUGGCGUGGUGACUGGAAAAUGGAUAGUGAACUACGAUUGUAAGUAAAUGUAAUAGUAGAGUGGAUAUCUAGAGCUCUUUCUGGAAAGUUCCGCUAACGUAGACUUUUCUCUAAGAGUUUUUGAAGCUGUCCUAAGAUACUUGUGGUUUUCAGAAACCACAACAAGGAAAAUAUGAGUACAGUCGGCUUCAAGUGUAGACAGCUUAAGCAACAAGAACGGCCAAAAAGCAACCGUUUAAUAAGCGAAACUUAGCAACAACAACUUUGCUCGUGCAUCACACUUUCCGAUACAUUUCUUUGCCGUCUUUGCACGUCUUUGACGUGAAAUUUCCUAAUUUCACGUUUUAUGGAGGACGUCAACUUGCAAAAAUGAACAGCGAUUUUCUUUUUGCUUUUUCUGAACUUGGAUACAGUCCUUAAGAAUUCAACCACAGACAAAUUCGCCCAUAUUUAAAUUGAGCGAGGUUAAGAAGUAGCGCGAUAAAGUUCAAUUUGAAACAGCACGAAUUCUCUUUUCAAGUAACGUUUCGCUGCCCCGCUAUCAUGGUUGCCUAACUUAAAGGUCGUGGCUGAAGGGUUGAGUUACAAAGAGGCCUCACUUUCAAUCCCGAUAUGUAUCAAGAAAUAUCUACCUACUAACUACAGUACAGUUAAAAUCCUACAGACGAUAAAGCUGUUAUCAUGGAGUUACGCUGGCGAUUACAGAUCACUACACGGUCGACCAGUACAGCGAAACAACCACUCUUAUCUUGUUUAGACCUCUUUGCCUGCUCGACGGUGACAUUUAAUAAUUUAGCGAUAUUUAUCCAAGGGUCCCGUUUGUGUGAACGGCUGGACUUCGCAAACAGCAUCUUGUUUGUCAGCGGCAAACAUGACCAAUAUAUUUUAAAUAUUGGCUCCUGAUCACAUUUCUGAUUCUGUUGUUUUUUGUUAUGUGUAGAAUGCUUUUCAUUGGUUUAAGAAUUACCUGUCCCGUUAAAAAGUACGAGCUUCCAUUGGAAUACAUAAUUUCCAAUAAUUCUCCUAAUGCCAUCUAUUGUUCCGCAGGGAUAGAAAAAUGCUUGCGGCGGAAAGCCUGGAUAGAUGAGACUGCGUAUGAGAUAAAAGGAACAAAUGAUGCGGCUGUCGAGGCGCCCAAAAGAGCCCGAAUUAAUUCAGUUAAGCAGGUCAGUUGAUAUACAAACAGGUUGUUUCUAAUGAUGGUGGCAGUGGCGGUGAUGGCGAUGUUGUAUGCUGAUCAUUGAUGAUGGUGAUGAUGAUGAUGAUGAUGAUGAUGAUCAAUGAUGAUGACGAUGAUGAUGACGGUAGUGAUGAUCACGGCGGUCAUGGUGGCAAUGGUCUUGUCAAUAAUGACUGCAACUGCUGAUGAUAAAAAUGAUCCUAGUUUGGUAAUGAUAACGGUGAUGAAUUUGGCAAAGAAUUGCAAGGCUGAUUGUUUUACUAGAAGUGUACAUAUUUUUUAAAAGAGCAUGUCAUCAGGCACGGCCACACUACUUUUGGUGACUCGACUAAUGACUCGACUGGAUUUUGCAGGGGCAAUGUAAGAAUGCUCAUACUAAGUCUAAUACAGCUGAUCGUUUCCCUAUCUCUUUGUUAACGGCGACGUACACUGUAGUUGAUGCUAACUUUAGUACAUCUAAGGGUGCAUUUCAUCAAACAAAACUAUGUUUCAAAAAAAAAUUUUGACUUUUGCCGUGAUCCAUCCUUCCAAUGUUGUUUUCCAGCUUCCGGGUUUAUUUGACGGUUGCAAGUUUUACUUCUAUGGUGAAUUCUGUCCACCCCACCCCCCAAAAGAAGACCUCAUCCAGAUGGUCAAGUUUGGCGGUGGAAAGAUUCUUUCACGUGAGCCGAAACCAGACGUGGACGAGACUCUCUGCUUGCCCACGUCGCAGAAAGCUAAUGUGACCGCAGUCACUUUAGCGCCUGUCGCUUACCACGCCAAUCCAACCUCGAGAAAUUAUCGCUGCACACAGUACGUGAUCUACGAUUCUUUAGCGGACAAAAAGCCCCACAUCUGGAGCACUGACACUGUGUGUACUGUGCCUGUAACUUGGCUUAUGGACUGCGCUUCGAACUUUGCAAUCUUAGAAUUAGAUUUGGAUUAA